ACAGGUUUUAGCAUUUUUACGCACACACCAAGAACACACUUGCUGUUCGUUUGAUAUUUAUAUUUUUUUUCUAGAGAUAAAUACGUCGUUUAAAAAAAUAAUAAUAAUAAAAUAAAAUAAAAAUAAAACACGGAGCAGAGAAAAUGUCUUCCCGCUUGCAGGAGAAUGGCUCUGGCGUUCAGCUGCUGAGUGCGGUGCUGCUGCUGCUCUCGCUUUCCGGUUGCUUGAGCAUGGACGUGUUGGUGGCCAGUUCCAUUGAUGCACUGAACGGAACAACUGUCAAAAUCCCCUGCACAUUCACUUCCUGCUACAAGAUGGAUGUUACCAAGUUUUCUAUGAACUGGACCUACCAAGAAUCACUCAACGAUACAGAGGAGAUGUUUAUGACAUACUAUAAGAAAAAAGGAAUGGUCCCUCUUCGUUCAGACCGGUUUGGAGAUAGGGUCAUGUUUGCUGGGAACCUGGACAAGAAUGAUCUGUCCAUCACCCUAUCAGACGUUCAGGUGGAGGAUGUGGGGAUUUACAACUGCUACGUGAGAAACCCCCCGGACCGCAUCCAGGGACAUGGUGUCAUACAGCUCAAUGUUGUCACUGAACUUCCCCCGCCAAGGGAUUCAACCAUUGCUGUUGCGAUUGGUGCGUCAGUGGGAGGAGCAUUAGCACUUUUGAUCCUUUCCAUGGUAAUAGUGAAAUGUCUUCGUCGACACCGGAAACAGGAGCUGAUUUCAGAGGAGAAGAUGGAGGAGGAGGGAAAACUGGAGGCUGAGUGUGUUGCAGAGGAGGGAACCAAGCAACCAUAGCUGGGUCAUCUGAUUGAACCAGUGGACUGUGGAGAUCCCACCCCCAACACCUCCCCUGACAUGCGCACCCCCCUCCUUCCUCCUGAAGACCUAUAGUAACCACGCCUUGAAUCAUUGUCCACUGAUACUUCCAUCCCUUCUGCAUGUGUGCGCGUGUGUGUGUGUGCCGUUGCACCACGUGUGCAUCUUUGUAUGUGUGUGUGUGGUGUGUGUACUGAAUGUGUCUAUGUGUGUGCCUAAUUAUGUAUGUCUGUGUGAGAUGUAUGUUUUUCCUUGAAAUAAGCUAGUGGACAGUUUUCUGCAACUUAACCACUAAACACAUAUUACUUUAUUCAUAGCUGCAAGUCAGUAUCCGCAGAAUUAGAAGUUUCAUGAUAAGCAUUUUGGCAUUUUCAUAGCACACUGAACGUUUGGCCAGGGUUGGGCGGUAUGACCUACGGUAUAUUUUGAAUAUGUAAUGGUAACAACAUCACAGCAUCACACAGUCUAAUUUAUGCUCUCACAAUUUAGUAGAGUCUGAAAUUCAGUUCAGGGCUUUGGGACAACAGCUAUUUAUUGCCUGAAGUCCAUCAUUAAUAAACUAUUAAUAAACUUUACAGUGGUUGUGGCAGAGCAUCAUAGUUGAUGGGAGUUACAAGUCUUUCACGCUGCAGAGCAGAUGUUGUGUGUGUAUAUCUGUUGUUCCACUGUGUCACAACAGCUGCAGUCCAACUUUGAGAUUUUGUUUUGGGUGAAAAGUUUUGGUUUAACAUACUGUGAAUCCAUUGCCUUAAAGCCAUGUCUCACAACAGUGAGUUAAUGGGUACCAUGUCUUAACAUAUAUUCAGAGAUAGUGCUACAUGUGUUACAUGUAGCACUGUAGCAAGUGUUACAUGUGCAUGUACUUUUCCACAGCUGACUUUUGCCAAAUGAUGUCUACGUGUCUCAAUGGUGUCAGCUUGUGUCUGAGCCAGAGAGCGUUCUCAAACAUUCCUUAAAGGUGUGGAGGUUUUUGUAGCAAAAACAGUUGCCCUGCAGAGAGUGGCUUGUCAUAAUAGAAAAAGCACAGGUACUGCUAAUGACAUUAAUCCUGACUCAAGUGUCCCAGUAGGUCAUGACACUAGCUGUGCCCAAAACCACUGCCUGUUCAGUUUUUAGUGCACAAUAUUUGCCCUUCGCUGUUUUCUUUGAGUAUCUGAAAUGUGAGUGUGUAACAUGUAUUUAAUACAUAGCGCCCUCAAAAAUUUCCACAGUGAAACAAAAAAGUAGUGACUAUUAAGACUACUAUAGCGUAUGCUAACAUGUUCUACCAACAAUCCAACAAUAGACUGCAUCUCAUAUUGAAAAGUGACAUUUAGAGUCCACAUAAGCUCUGUCAGUGGUAGGACAGCAUUUUAUAUCAUAGUUUUUAUUUACAGGUGUCCACAAUUUCUCACUAUAGAAUUAAAUAUUAUAUAGGAAGUAGUGAAUGAAUGAAUGAAUGAGGAAGUGUUAUCAGACAGAGCCAGCGUGAAUGAGUCAGAAUGCACAAUACCAGGACCCCAAACCUGAAGCAGCUAAAUGGAAUUUAAUGUUUCUAUUGCCUGUGCUUUUCCUACUGUGUCAUGUCAAAAUGUCUUCUUUGAAAAGGGCAGGUGAAGCGACAUGUUUUCCAAUAGUCUCUUGGUCCUGCCUUUGUCUCUUGUUUGUUUUCAUUUCUUCAUUCACGUUUUGUUAUCAUGCCAAAGUGUUUUGUAGUGUAAAAGAGUGAUUUUAGUGCGUUUUCUCUCAGUGACACAAAUGAACAACUGCCGUGGUUAACAUGUGGGGAGCUGUAGUGGUGCUUUCAGAGCACUUUAUGUGACUUUACAGUACAAAUUAUUUCUAUACUAAUACAAACAGCAUAUCCAAAUCUUUAUAUUUCCACAGCAUGUGAUUACAGGUUAUACCGUCCACCCCUUUGAUGGGCACUUGUCCAUCUAGCCUGGCCUUGUAUAAGGUUAUGACAUGUUAGUGAACCUGAAUACAGAGGUUGCAGAUUGCAGAUUCAAGUUCCGUCUUGCAAGGAUUAAAAUUAGUUUCCAUAUUAGAAUACUAAUAUUUGUGACUGCUAUACAUUGUACAACCAUUUGCACAUACUGCAGAGGAAGGACAGUGACAGUGUUGAGCUUUGCUAUCAGAAUGUUUCCCUACAAUAUAAAUAAAUCUAGCAGAGUAGAGGAGCAUGUGGUUUGAGAUAAAGUGACGUAUUGUUGGCUGCAUAGGAUAAAAACAUAUCAAAGACGAUUUAAAGUGAAAAGCUCACAUUGCAACCACAAUUACAUAACUCAUGUUUGUGCCAGCCUUUAUUAAUAUUUACGGUAGAAUUGAAUAAAGGUUGCCUAAACAUAGACCUACACACAGACAACAGUUGUAUAGUAAAACUCAAUAUGACCCAUAUCACGCACAAAUAAGAGCUGAGUCCCACUAAAGGCAGCAGUUUAGUAAGUAAUACCAAAUGAUCCGAAUUAAAACAUAAGAUUUAUAAAGACGUUUAUAUUCAUGACUGACAGAGAACAUCUUGCUGACAAAGGUUUUAUUUGGUUAGCGUCUAACUGCAAAUUGUAGUUAUCCACUUAAACGGGUAGAAUUCGUUACUUUGACAAAUGAAGCAUGUGCAAUGGACUACACUGGCAUAAAUGCAUGUCAAACAGUGCAUAUCAAAAGGAAAAAUAAUAUACUGUUAAUAUAAGAAUAUAUGUAGUAAUAUAAGAAAUUAAGAACCUUCAUUCUGUUCUGUUAGGUUUCUCAGAAAAAAAACAGUAACAUGAGAGAGUCAGAGCACGUUUAAGCUUUUACUCCAUCAGGUUUCAGUAUAAUGAUGCCAGGUUUUCAUUUUGAUACAUUAUAUUUUCCUUGCAUAUACCAUAUACAUCGUAUAUUAUAUACAGCGGUAUUUGGUUGCACUUUGAUGAGAUUCAUUUGCCUCAUGUUACAUAUCAAUAAACAACUAAAUCUUAAAUAUUUUAUGUUUUGUAGAGAUUUUAAAACAUUUUAAUUGCAGUCAUUGCACCUCAGUACAAUACAGUUUUAAUGUCUAUUUUCAAGCAGAUUAACAGAUUAAAAAAUAAAAAGAAAUCAUAGAUCAAUCAAAGUUUAAAACUUAUAUCCCAGCUCUGUCUCCAAAGUAAUGUCUUUACCUCAACAGUGGUGUUUGAAACUGUACAUAUUGUUUUGCACAUUAACACAUUGACACCUACUCUUAUAUAAUCAGAAUGGAGAGCAUGUGAAUAUAAUGGAAAUGAGGAACUCAUAUGGAGCUAACCUUAACCUUAAGAUGGUAUAUUUGAACGUGUGGUUGCAAUAACAGAAACAUGGCAUGGGGAUUGUAUGGUUAAAUCGGAAAUGUAUGGGUUGUGUACUUAGUUGAUCAUUUAUUUAGUUGAAGCACUUUGAAUGUUUAAAAAAAAAAUAUAUAUUCUCUGAAUCACUAUUUAAUGUCACUUUUAGUCAUGUUAUAGCAUGUGAGCUUUGUUAAUCUCUGGUUAUUCUCUGAAUGUCCUAUGAUGUUUUAACUGUAACAGGUCAACUGUGUCUACCUGUAAUGUCUGGUUAGCUGUGUCAUCCAGCUGUUGGAGUGUGGUUAGUGCUUCCAAAUCUGGUGGCUGGGACAGUCCUGGUUUUUGACAUUGUUUAAAAAAUAUAUAUACUGUGUACAGGUCUGUGUUUAAUAUUACAUGUGUUAUAUUGAGUGAUUUCCUGAUAUAUCAAAAGCACGUUUGGCAUCAAAAUAAUAUAAAAUACACAAUUAGGUGUUUCUCUGAUUUAAUACAAUCAUGCUGUGAAUAACAGUAAAACGGUGAUUUAUCAAUGUUUUAAAAUAGCUGAUUAAUUGAAUAAUUCUUUUAACUGCAGAGUUGUUGUUUGGUUGGGAGAGCCCUAAUUCAUUCACAUUUCCUGGGACACUGCUGUCUACGUGUGAUCAUGCAUGUUUAAGUUGCAGGGUUUGUGGGGUAGAGCCAUAAGGUGAUGACACGUUAACAUUUGGGGCAAAUUUUUUUGCAGUUUUUACCAAGAAGGUUUUGUUGGCAAUAUGAAGUCAUACACAUUACUGUAAAUAAUAUCUAUUCUAUUUCUCAACCAGAAACAGUUAAAAAAACAGUUGAAACAGAAACAUUAGUAUCAUGUACUGGACAGAUUUAUCAUUGUACAUCACUGUUUUCCAGCUCCAACUAUGAAUUUGCCCUGAAUAGUUGCUCUUGUAUCACUUUAAAUGUUAGUGGACAUCAAACUAAUGCUUGCAAUGUGCUGCCUCUGAAAAAAAAAAACGCA